UCCAACGGUCUAGCGAUUUAAAGAUAUGCGGAUCUAGCAUUCCAUUGAGUCAGUUUCUCCUGAGAUAACUUAUGCAGUUGAGGUAUUGAUAUAACAUGUUAUCAGCAUAAACACUGUUAGUGGCUUGUGACGUCAGUUGUGAGGUUCUUACACCGAGGUAAAGCCCAAUACUUCGCUUUCCUCUCCGGUUGCUUCCCAUCCUCUGAUUCCUCAGCUAACAUCUCAUAUAAAGCAUGCCUAAAAAACGCAAGCACGAGGAAGAAGACGAGCCAAGCGCAAGAAGAAGAAAAAGAAGAAGAAGAAGCAAAAGAAACAUAGCCAAGCGCAAGGCCGCUAUGGCCGCCAUGGCGCUCGCAAAGGACGCAAUAGAUAGUUACGAGGAAGAAGACGGUGAUUUUUAUGAGGAAGGAGACGGUGAUUUUUAUGAGGAAGGAGACGAGGAUGAAGAGGAUUAUGAAGGAGAAGACGAUGAUGAUGAGGGUGGUGAUGAAGACGGCAGAGAAGACGGUGAUUUUGAUGAGGAAGGAGACGAGGAUGAAGAGGAUUAUGAAGGAGAAGACGAUGAUGAUGAGGGUGGUGAUGAAGACGGCAAAGGGGAUGAUGAUGAGGGUGGUGAUGAAGACGGCAAAGGGGAUGAUGAUGAGGGUGGUGAUGAAGACGGCAAAGGGGAUGAUGAUGAGGGUGGUGAUGAAGACGGCAAAGGGGAUGAUGAUGAGGGUGGUGAUGAAGACGGCAAAGGGGAUGAUGAUGAGGGUGGUGGUGAAGACGGCAAAGGGGAUGAUGAUGAAGACGAUGAAGGCGAUGAGGACGAAGAUGUAGAUGCAGACGCCAUCAAAGUUGAAUAUGUAGAGGCGAAACUGGAUGAACCCACAGCCGAUACAAAAGGUAGCGAAGUCAAUGGAUCGAAGAGCAAACAAGAAACAGAACCAAAUAUUACCGAGGAAAUGUCUCGUAAAACAAAGAAGAAAAACAAAAAGAAGACCCGCGGCAGAGAGGAGCAUAAAGUUAAACACUCACAUUGUGAUGUUAUGAAACGAUGAAAAAUGUUAUCAAAAAUGUUAUGAAAGAAGAAAAAAGACAAGACCUCCUGAUAGCAAUUAGUCUGAAAACGUUUAAAAUUCGCUUAUGAUCAAACCGCCUAGAAAGCCGUAGAUUUGCUAGAUCCUAAGCAAGAUACCUAAUCUAAGCACUGGUCUAGUCAGAUUGCUGUAAAUGAUAGUGGAACCAUGUAGAAAUUUUCAUUAAAUAUUGUAGGUUUA